CAAAGCUUGAAGAACCUCCUCUUUUAUCCAAUAUGUCAUCUGACCGUCUUUACAGUAAGGGCCGUGUUUUGGGCUUCGAGCGUGCCAUGCGUACUCAAAACCCUAAUGUCUCCUUGAUCCAAGUUGAAGGUGUCCAAACCACCAAGGAUGCUCAAUUCUACCUCGGUAAGCGUAUCGCCUAUGUCUACCGUGCUCAACGUGAGAUCAACGGUUCCAAGAUCCGUGUUAUCUGGGGUCGUAUUGCCCGUACCCACGGUACCAACGGUGUUGUUAAGGCUCGUUUCCGCAAGAACUUGCCCCCUAAGGUCUUCGGUGCUUCUGUCCGUAUUAUGCUUUAUCCUUCCAACAUCUAAAUUGUAUUUUUUUAAAUAAACCAUUAAAAAAAAUGCAUAAUUUCAUAUAUUCAAA